GCCGCCAUUUUAGGUGCGGGGGGAUCUGCUCGAGGUCCCGCCGCGUGGUCCGCCGCAUCCCCGAGGAGGACGGAGGGAGGCCGGCGAAAUGGCUCCAGACGGGGCUGAGCUGCGCGGUCGCGUUAGUGCCGGGGCGGUCGUUCGGUGCCGGGUGGGAGAAGAGUCCUUGCCAAAGGUGGCCGCCAUUUUGUGGUGGUGUCUGGAGCCCGCGGAGGGUCUGACGCCCCCCUCUUCCUCCCGUGCUCAGCUCCGCCCGCUCCCCGGCCCGCCGCGCCUCUGCCCGGGCCGGGGGGGCGCAGAGAGGGGCGGCCGCGCACGCCGCGGCCUCCUGAGCUGCGCGGCGCCGCCGGCCUCGUGCUUCCCGGGGGGCUGCUUUGUCCCCGCUGCGGCGCCGGCCCUCCUUGAACCCUGCUGGGGCUUCCCGCCACGGCGCCGGAGGCGUGCGGGUCGCGUUUGAAUGCAGGCGCCAGGGGGUUGCCAGGCGCUCCGCGGUUCAGCUUUGUCUUGGGCUACUCUUGCCCUUUCUCCUCCCUCGCCUUGCCUUAGCGGUGGCCUUACUGUGUGGAGCUGCAGUGAUGGUCACUUUCAGAGUCAAAAUGGUUGAAGCAGAUCGUCCUGGGAAGCUGUUCAUCGGGGGCCUGAACACAGAGACGAAUGAAAAAGCCCUUGAGGCUGUAUUCUGCAAAUAUGGACGCAUCGUGGAAGUCCUUUUGAUGAAGGAUCGUGAAACCAACAAGUCCAGAGGAUUUGCCUUUGUCACAUUUGAAAGUCCAGCAGAUGCAAAAGAUGCUGCCAGAGAUAUGAAUGGGAAGUCAUUAGAUGGGAAAGCAAUUAAAGUGGAACAAGCAACCAAGCCAUCCUUUGAAAGUGGUGGGAGGCGUGGGCCGCCCCCCCCUCCACGAAGCAGAGGUCCUCCCAGGGGCCUUAGAGGUGGAAGAGGCGGCAGUGGCGCAAGAGGACCACCUUCAAGAGGGAGUCACUUGGGAUCUUCUCGAGGACCGCUUCCCAUGAAGAGAGGCCCACCUCCACGAAGUGGAGGCCCUCCACCUAAAAGAUCUGCACCUUCAGGACCAGUGCGUAGCAGUAGUAUGGGAGGAAGAGCUCCUGUGUCACGUGGAAGAGACAGUUACGGUGGUCCUCCACGCAGAGAACCGAUGCCAUCACGAAGAGAUGUCUACAUGUCUCCAAGAGAUGAUGGCUAUAGCACUAAAGACGGUUACUCAAGCAGAGAUUAUCCCAGCUCCAGGGAUACGCGGGACUACGCACCACCUCCUCGAGACUACGCGUACCGUGAUUAUGGUCACUCCAGUUCACGUGAUGAAUACCCCUCUAGGGGAUAUAGUCUUUCCUCCUAUAGUGAUCGUGAUGGAUACGGUGGUGGACGUGACAGAGACUACUCGGAUCAUCCAAGCGGCGGCUCCUACAGAGAUUCAUAUGAUAGUUAUGGUAACUCACGUAGUGCUCCACCUGCACGAGGGCCCCCGCCAUCUUAUGGUGGAAGCAGUCGCUAUGACGAUUACGGCAGCACACGAGAUGGAUAUGGAAGCCGAGAAAGUUACUCAAGCAGCAGAAGUGAUGUCUACUCAAGUGGCCGUGAUCGUGUCGGAAGACAAGACAGGGGUCUUCCCCCGUCCAUGGAAAGGGGCUAUCCACCUCCUCGUGAUUCUUACAGUAGUUCAAGCCGCGGAGCACCCAGAGGUGGUGGCCGUGGUGGAAGCAGAUCCGAUAGAGGUGGAGGCAGAAGCAGAUACUAAAAACACUCUUUAAACUUUUGGACCAAGACAAAUUACUUCUCAAACAAAAGAGAAAAGUGGAAGUUGUUCUAUCUUUACUACCAGAGGACUACUAAAAGGAAAAGUUGUUUUUACCUUUUUUUUAUUGUUGCCUGUUAAGUUUUCCCCUCCAUGACUUAUGCUUUUGUGAGGAAAAGUUAAACCCGUGUUUAAUUUCAUUUCAAAAUUGUUAACAUUUCUUUCAAAAAGCAGAUGUUAAAUGUAUAAAACUUGAGCUGUGUACUAGUGUUGUAAUUUUCAAAGUAAAGUUUCCCUGAAAUGCCACACUUCCCAUCUGAUUUUCCUCAUGAAUGGAACAAGCAGUUCUUAAGAGCUUCCACACAACAUCCAACCAUCUAACAUGGAGAUGGAUUGUUCUACAUGUUCAGCAUCUCAUUCUUAAACAAAGUAUUGCUUGUGUUGGAGGGUGGUGGGGCUGUUCCACACAGAGUUCAGUUGUGCCUAGAAUUUGAAGUCACAGUGUUCUCAGUACAAAAUAUCUUCAGAUCCUUGUGUAAAGAAAAAAAAAAUAGAGGAUAUCAUUCACUUAACCCGAAAAAGCAAGUGGAUAAUGCUGGUUUCUGCCUUCCUACUGUUUCGUGGGGAGUUUGAAAGGAUCUCCCUUCCAAAUGAAUCAUGUACAUGUAAGUCAGCUCCAGAAUACUGUAACAAUAAAACCCCUUGACCAAUUCCAUCAAAGAAGCUGCAAAACGAUGCUUGCUCAUACUGUUUCCAAUUUUUGCAACUCUGUAGUGUUUCACUUUUAAAGGAACAUCUUUGAUUCCAAAGGAGAAAAUAAGAUAAGCAAAGAAGUCUUUCUCUCCAACUUCUCAAAGGCUUAUGGCUUCCUAAAAACAAGUGAAUCUUUCAGCAUUCCACAGCUGAUUUAAAGCAUCAAAUGCCUGUGAAACAGCAAAGAUGGGUGAUAACUUCUAGAAGAUAACCGCUGAGGUAACGCUGGUUCAUCUGUGCUGAUGACAGAGAUGAUGGUGCCUGUACCAGUACGUAAGUUACAGUGACCAGAAGAAGGCAGUGCAGCAGUGGAAAAUGGAAGGAUAACAAACACAACUGUUAAAAGCUUGGCUUUUGAGUGUGGUGUUACCCACUAUUUGUUUCCGUGGGCUGUGUUACCAUUCAGAGUUGCCUUUGAAAGUAGCACUACUAAUUUCUUGGAUAUAAAAAAAAUGAGGUGGAGGUCAGUUGCUGUCUGCUAACAGCAGUCAGUCGAUGUGCAUCAGUAGAUUCCGCAGCAGAAAAAUACUCUUGAGGUUGCCCUUAAUGUGGGGUGAUUUCUGUUUAUGCUGGGCAAAAAAAGCAAGUUACAUAGAAGCGAGGUUUAGUCCUCUGAAAGGCAGAGGACUAAGCUGUUACAAAUUCUUCACUAAGAAACCAUAAGAAGUUUUACUAUAUUCUUACAUGUAGUUGUCCAGGCCUUCUGGAUGAGAGGAAGGAAGUGUUGAUGUACUGAGAUGAUAUUAGUGGUAAAUCCCGAGAAUAUUGAGUGUUCUUGCAUGUACUGGCUUCUUGCAAACCUCCAGACAGCACUGCAUCUCUCACAAGAUGCUGUCUUCAAACCUUUGCCUUGGUUUUGAUGCAUUUUUAUCUUACAUAUGUGUCGAUGUGCCAGUGGAUGGGAGAGAAAUCCUCAGGCACUGGUAUUUCAUGUAGAAAACUAACUUCACAUUGAUUGAAGUACUUCACAGUCAUGGCUAAUAAAGUUUAUACUGUGGGAGACAUAAACCGAUCUCAUUUAAACCACUAACACUCAGUUUAUAAUGCAUGGUUAAAGCAUGCAUAUCUUAAGGGGGUUAAAACUACCUGUGGGUUUUGGGAUAAGAGUAUCACUUCAACCAUUACUUGUGGACUGCAGAUUGUAGGAGUAAGUCUUACGUGUAUGUAGCAGAUGGGUAGAAUUGCAGUAUUUCCCAGGGCUAAUAAAUGUACUGUUAAAGAAAC